AUGCUAAAAAUCAUCAUACCAACAAUCAUACUCAUCCCAACCGUCUGAUUAUCUAAUACCUCCUCAAUAUGAAUUAACACAACAUCAUACAGCAUACUAAUUGCACUGAUCAGUCUAAGCUACCUCAACAAUAUAGAUACAACCAACAUAAACCACUCACUGACAUUAUCAUCUGACCCCUUAUCAACCCCUUUAUUAAUCUUAACAACAUGACUUCUACCCUUAAUAAUCAUUGCUAGCCAACACCACCUAAAAAAUGAAACAGAAACACGAAAAAAAACUUACAUCUCCUUACUAAUCUCCUUACAAACAUUCCUUAUCCUAACAUUCUCAGCAACAGAAAUAAUUAUAUUUUACAUUUUAUUCGAAACAACCCUAAUCCCUACAUUAAUUAUCAUUACACGCUGAGGGAAUCAAACAGAACGAAUAAACGCUGGCCUAUACUUCCUAUUUUACACCUUAAUUGGAUCCCUCCCCUUACUAAUCACAUUAAUCUACAUUCAAAACCAAAUAGGAACCUUAAACUUCCUAUUAUUUAAUUAUUAUAAACCAAUGCUUGACUCCACUUGAUCCAACAACCUCAUAUGACUAGCAUGCACUAUAGCAUUUAUAAUUAAACUACCCUUAUACGGCCUCCACUUGUGAUUACCAAAAGCACACGUCGAAGCUCCAAUUGCAGGCUCCAUGGUACUUGCAGCCAUCUUACUUAAAUUAGGGGGGUACGGUCUAAUACGAAUUCUACAACUCCUAGAACCCUUAACAAAUAAUAUAGCAUACCCAUUCCUUCUACUGUCGUUAUGAGGAAUAAUUAUAACUAGCUCAAUCUGCUUACGCCAAACAGACUUAAAAUCCCUCAUCGCAUACUCCUCUGUUAGUCACAUAGCACUUGUAAUCGUUGCUAUUUGAAUUCAACCCCCUUGAAGCUUAAUGGGAGCUACUUCUUUAAUAAUUGCCCACGGUCUUACAUCCUCCCUAUUAUUCUGUGUAGCUAAUUCUAAUUAUGAACGAGUACACAGCCGAACUUUACUUCUAACACGAGGCCUACAAAUACUAUUUCCACUUAUAGGGAUAUGAUGGAUUAUUGCAAGCCUGACAAACCUUGCUUUACCCCCUUCAAUUAACCUAUUCGGAGAACUAUUAAUCGUAAUAUCAACUUUCUCGUGAUGUAAUCUCACAAUCAUUCUUACCGGAUUAAACAUCCUUAUCACAGCUUUAUACUCACUUUAUAUACUAAUCUCAACACAACGAGGGAAACUACCCUACCACAUUCACAACAUACCCCCAACAUUUACACGAGAAAAUAUUCUAAUAAGCCUACACAUUAUCCCUCUACUGCUCCUAACCCUUAACCCUAAAAUCGUCCUAGGAAACCUAUAUU